UUCUCAUGCGGUUUGUUAGACUGCAGUCCUGGGGGAGAAGGAACUUUGUUGUCAACUGUUCUCUCUCAUCCCUGUGGACUGAGAGGCAGCGCGGGAGUCAUGAAGCAGGAGGUCAGGGCUGCUCAGGGCUCAGCUCGUCCCUGGCUCCACUCAGAGGCGAACCUUUCUGCUCAGAGAGGUGUUUGUCUCGCCCGGGCGCACUUUGAGAAACAGCCUCCUGCCAGCCUGCGCAAGUCAAACUUCUUUCACUUUGUGUUGGCUUUAUAUGAUAGUCAGGGUCAGUCUGUGGAGAUAGAGCACACUGCGUUUGUGGACUUUGUUGAAAAGGAGAAGGAGCCAGUAAGUGAAAAAACAAACAAUGGAAUCCAUUACAAACUCCAGUUACUGUACAACAGUGGUGUCAGAACAGAGCAAGAUCUAUAUAUCCGUUUGAUAGACUCUGUGACCAAACAGGCAAUUGUGUUUGAAGGUCAAGAUAAAAACCCUGAAAUGUGUCGUGUUCUUCUCACUCAUGAGAUAAUGUGCAGCCGAUGUUGUGAUAAGAAAAGUUGUGGAAACAGGAACGAAACACCAUCAGACCCCAUCAUUAUUGACCGGUUCAACCUGAAAUUUUUUCUCAAAUGUAAUCAAAAUUGCCUGAAAAAUGCAGGGAACCCACGAGAGACGCGUCGUUUCCAGGUGCUGGUCUCUACCACAGCCUCUGUUAAGGCCCACAUUCUAGCCAUUUCAGAUAAUAUAUUUGUCCAUAACAAUUCAAAGCAUGGCAGAAGACCAAGAAGAUUUGAGCUGAUUGAAGCUGAGAUCCCCUGCAUCAAGGCCAUCAGUCCGAGUGAAGGUUGGACGUCAGGUGGAGCCUCAGUGAUUAUUAUUGGAGAUCAGUUCUUUGAUGGUCUACAAGUGGUUUUCGGAACAGUUAUGGUCUGGAGUGAGGUGAUUACACCACAUGCGAUUCGUGUGCAGACUCCAACUCGUCACAUCCCUGGUGUUGUAGAAGUUACACUGUCCUACAAAUCCAAGCAGUUCUGCAGGGGACCUCCAGGACGCUUUAUUUACACUGCUUUAAAUGAGCCAACCAUUGACUACGGAUUCCAGCGGCUGCAGAAGGUGAUUCCUCAUCAUCUAGGCGAUAUGGAAAGACUACCAAAAGAGGUCUUACUGAAGAGAGCAGCUGAUCUUUUAGAGAUGUUUUAUGGAAUGCCUCACAACAACCAGGUCAACGAGAUUAUUCUGAAGCGUGCGUCUGAUAUAGCAGAGGUACUCCACGCCAUCCCACGAAACCCGUCCCACACAAAUUCACAUGGAAUGAUGGGUGUAAACUCCUUUGAUGCACAGUUACCCAUGAACACAGAAAUUUCACCAGAUGUAGAACGAGUGUCUCUUUCAGUGGGUUUCAGUCGGAGUUCAAACAGUGGCUUCAUUGCAGGCAGCACAUCCCAGCAGUCUGAAUUCAGCAAUACCAAUACGUGCAUGAAUACACACACACAUUCACACUCUCACUCCAACAUGCCAAGACACACACACUCAAACACACACCUGUCCAUAGCUGGGCACACACAAACACACACACGCCCUUCUGUGUCAAACUUCUCUGUGGCCACACAGCCAUUCUUAGACAGUCCUACAGCGGACACACAACACUACAUUGUGAAGCAAAAAAGUGCAUUUGCUCCAGUUCUGAAGCUGCAGUCCUCAACAGAACAAGCUUCAGGUGUCCCCGUCUGCACGGUGAUUACACCACAUGCGAUUCGUGUGCAGACUCCAACUCGUCACAUCCCUGGUGUUGUAGAAGUUACACUGUCCUACAAAUCCAAGCAGUUCUGCAGGGGACCUCCAGGACGCUUUAUUUACACUGCUUUAAAUGAGCCAACCAUUGACUACGGAUUCCAGCGGCUGCAGAAGGUGAUUCCUCAUCAUCUAGGCGAUAUGGAAAGACUACCAAAAGAGGUCUUACUGAAGAGAGCAGCUGAUCUUUUAGAGAUGUUUUAUGGAAUGCCUCACAACAACCAGGUCAACGAGAUUAUUCUGAAGCGUGCGUCUGAUAUAGCAGAGGUACUCCACGCCAUCCCACGAAACCCGUCCCACACAAAUUCACAUGGAAUGAUGGGUGUAAACUCCUUUGAUGCACAGUUACCCAUGAACACAGAAAUUUCACCAGAUGUAGAACGAGUGUCUCUUUCAGUGGGUUUCAGUCGGAGUUCAAACAGUGGCUUCAUUGCAGGCAGCACAUCCCAGCAGUCUGAAUUCAGCAAUACCAAUACGUGCAUGAAUACACACACACAUUCACACUCUCACUCCAACAUGCCAAGACACACACACUCAAACACACACCUGUCCAUAGCUGGGCACACACAAACACACACACGCCCUUCUGUGUCAAACUUCUCUGUGGCCACACAGCCAUUCUUAGACAGUCCUACAGCGGACACACAACACUACAUUGUGAAGCAAAAAAGUGCAUUUGCUCCAGUUCUGAAGCUGCAGUCCUCAACAGAACAAGCUUCAGGUGUCCCCGUCUGCACGUACAUAAUGUACUGA